AUGUUACCUUCUUUUCGAGCGCAGAACUAUCUUAAAGAGAAUGAGCUGCCCGGUAUUGUGCAAGCCGACAUUGACACCCUCCAGAGUCUGGUUGCUGAGCACGAUAGCAUUGCCUGCGGCCUGACCGCCGAAUUGAUUGGGGACACGGUCUUAAAUCCAAUAAAAUCCCGGACCGAUGUCGAUUCUGAGGGUGGAGUUCGCUUCUCUGCUCAAUUGUCCAUCUCGGUGGCUUCAGGCGGCGGAGCUCAGGUCUUGAUGGACGCCGCGGAGACGGAGCGAAUCGAGGCGCGUAUGAUACUGACCUCAUUAACGACGCGUUGGAAGGACGCCUGGUCCGAGAUAGCCGCCUGGCGCGAUGGUAUGGACACACUGCUGAACAAGUGGCAGCACUACAAUAUGGAGAUGGGAAAGUUAGAGUCAUGGAUAGAAGAGACUCGAACUCAAUUGGCUAACGAAAACCUGCCAUCCGAAGAUCGUAUUCGGCUAUAUGCAGAAAUGAAGCACUGGCGUGAGCUCCUCACCGACUUGGCACACGUUGCUGAAGACAUCAUGGGAAUGGCUGACAAAGAGAUUGCCGUGGAUUUGGAGAAACAGAUUGCGCAGAUGAAUCAAGUUUACAGAAACGUCAGUGAAGAGGUGAGUCUCUUGAUUGCUGUCUGGCCAUGA